AGCUUCCUGUCGGAUCCUUCGCUGCAACUCUGAGUUUGUUGCUGCAACGGUCCACCUGAGCAGCAGCGGUGCAGAAGCUCUUGGCAAGGACUCAGCAAACUCAGCCUACUGCAGUGCCCUGCGCUCCUACAGCAUGUGCACCAAGAGGAUGGCGCGACCAUGUCGAGGAGACCUAGCUUACCACUCUGCAGUUCAGGGUAUUGAGGACCUGCUCAUCCAGCACCGCUGCCCCCGAGGGGGGCCAACAGCCCAGCCUCGGCCCCAGGCACAGGGCACGGUGUCCGGAGACACCUGCCUCUAUGAGAAGAACCACUUCAGCAGGGAGGGCCAGAUGCCAGAGUACCUGUACUGCAGUAUCUUUGGAGAUCCACAUAUUCGAACGUUUAAUAAUGACUUCCAGACGUGUGCUGUGUCGGGGGCGUGGCCUCUCAUAGACAAUGACUACCUGUAUGUACAGGUCACCAGCAUGCCAGCUAAGGAUGGGAUGUUCUCUACAGUCAUCACUAAGAUUACCGUCAUCUUUAAGAGCUGGCGUCAGUGCACCGACCAGCAGCUGUACCAGGCAGAGCUGGACAACGUUCCCGCUGCUUUCGCAGACGGCUCAGUGUGGAGCGCUGAGCGCCGCGGUGUCCGCAUCCUGACGGUGAGAACCGACAGUCCCGGGUGGCACGCCGAGAUCCAAGCAGCUUACAUUGGUACGCUGAUGGUGGUCCGACAGAGUGGCCGUUCACUCAGCCUGUCGAUCCGCUCGCCCCGCGGCGUCGUAGAGGCCUUUGACCCAGAUCACGACCUGCAGCUCUGCAUGUGGGGCUGCCCCGCCUCCCAGAGGGUGAACACCCUCCACCCCCCAGCGCUGGAUUCUCUAGCAGCAGCCGCUAUUAGAGCGGAGGCUCAUUGUGCUGCGCUCCUUCCUACUCAAGACAUCUACUAUCACGCAUGUGUGUUUGACCUGAUCUCCAGUGGAGACCUGAACUCCAGUAGAGCCGCGGUCAGCGCACUGCAGGACGCCCGAAACAUGAUCAGCAACAGGCAGGGCGUCCACCUACUUCCUGUUGCGGCUGCAGGACAAACGCAACUGAAGAUCCUGCUGCUGCUAGGCAUGCUGGGAAUUCAAGGCGGGGCCUGAAUGGACCUGGAUCUUUUAUGAAACACAACCUGCAACUGAGCUGAGAAGAAUGGGAUGAUUUCAUCACCGUGAGAGAGGUGAAGAGUUGCUAGGAGGUGAAUAAGAGGAAAAGUUACGCAUUUUUCCAGCUUUAGGCAAAACGUAAACAUCCCUGGAGCUGCAACAGGAAACCUCCUCUGGGGAGUCGCUCAUCUGCUGCACAUCAAGAUGAUUUACUGUUUUAUGGUUGGGCGGACUGGGGGGGGGCAAAGGAUCCGUAUUUAUUACUGAUUCAUCAUUAAAAAGUCAUGUUAUUCUUAGUCUGUCAUAAGUUAUUACUUCCAGUCAAAGGUGUUAUUCUUCCUCCCUCCUCUGGUUACGUAUCUGCAGGAGGGGGAAACGUUUCCAUCUGAACCAGAUCUAACCUGAACUACAGAUUUAAGGUUUAAGGAAACUGUUUAGAUUGUGAAGCUGCUGUUGAUCAAGAGAAAUUAGACUGUAAAUCUAUUUCUAUCAUUUCAGAGAUUUUGUUUAAAAGUUGCAUUGAAUUAUAUAAUUCAGAAUGUUAGCAUAAAGCAAAGGAAAAGAGCUAACCUGCUUUGUUCAGCCAUAUGUGGUGUCUGUUAUAGUCUGCCUCUAAUAAACGGACUACAGAAUAUGCCAUUCUAGCCCAGCGGGGCUGUCGGUUUAUUAACAUGGAAACGGAGUCACAAAGAGGAGUGACCUCCUGGCUCAGUCACAGGGAGGGUCUGUGUGGACAAUAGUUCCCAUUGAUAUGGUGUCCAAUGGCAAAAACAUAUAACCUCCCUUCACUAAAAUGUCUAAAUGGUUUCAGGAAAACUCUCAAAACCUCAGAACCUGUAAAGUCGGGCGUACACUCUACGAUUCUUUGCCCUUUUCAAGCCGAUUCUCCAGUUGU